UGGCUAUACAAGCAGCAUGCACUCCAGUAUCUUGGCUUAUAGUACUCAAAUGAUAUGGUGCAGGCAUCUUUAAUUGUUGAAUUAAAAGAUACAUACUACAUACCUCAUGGCAGUGCUCUCAUAUUCUAAAUACUUGCUCAACAAAAUGAGAUUUACUGUGCUAGGGAGGUCUAGGUCUGUUAAUUACAAGGGAUAAAUAACAAAGUUAAUGUAGGGCUGAUUGGCAUCAGCAGGUCACCAUGCAUAUAAAUGUCACGCAUAGAGUUACGUCGCGCAAGCCAUUUCCAUCGCAAUGAGAAAACAACGCCCAAAGACUGGAUGAAUGCAGACAAAAAUGCGUGUAUACAACCAAUGCUAUGGCUUUCUCAUCCCUCAGUAAGCACCAGCUACUGCGUUGACUCUGGCCCAACUGUCAAGGAUGGGGCGAGCUCCAUCAAGUGACAGUUUUGUGGCUGAUGUUCCCUGCAAAAUUGUUCUGGGUGACGUCUUGACCGUUUAAGCUUUAACUUACAACUUACAUAAAACACAUGCAGGGACUCUUGUGAGUUUUGUUUUGUUUUUUAAACGUUAUAGGUGGCUUGUUCUUCUUUUGCGCACUUUUUUCUCCUUUCUUUCUCAUUUCUUGCAUCAAACAUGGCGAUUUCUGUCAAUAUGGCUUCGAGACUGUCGUUGGGCGGCUUUUUGGCCAAAGCGAGAGCUGCUUUGACAGCUCCAGCGGCGCAACGAAAGGGGCCUCUUACUUUUGUUGUAGGGAAUGAAUCAGCUGACCUCGAUUCUCUCUGCUCAGCUCUCGUCUACGCUUAUAUGCGCACUCAUACCCCUCCUCAUACCCUACACAUUCCCCUCUCAAACCUGCCCCGCGAUGACCUCGCUCUUCGCACCGAGAUGUCAGCAGUUCUCAAACACGCUGGACUCACUCUUAAAGAUCUCCUAACUCUAUCUGAACUUCCAGACCUGAACCCUGAGGAGACACACUGGUUGUUGGUUGAUCAUAACUCCCUCACAGGUCCACUUAAGAAGUUUUCGGACCAUGUUACUGGUUGUGUUGAUCACCAUGCCGAUGAGAACGUUAUUGGCAAGGAUGCAGAACCAAGAGUCGUUGAACCCUGUGGAAGCUGUAUGAGUUUGGUGGUGGAUGAGACGAGGAAGACUUGGGAGGCAAUUUCGCGCCUGGAUCCUGAGGAUGGCGAUACGGCUACGGAGAACGACAAACUCACUAGACUCGCGCUUGCUCCUAUUAUAUCCGACACGAUAAACCUCACGGCCAAGGAAAAGGUUCGAGAGAAGGACUUGAAGGCGGUUGAAUUCCUAGAAGGGCGCAUGCACAAACCCUUCAACCGCACAGCCUACUUUGACGAGAUCUCUGUUGUAAAGGAGGAUAUUUCUGACUUGAGCUUCCGCGAUAUUCUGCGCAAAGACUACAAAGAAUGGGAUGGUUCAGGCCUAAAGCUUGGAAUAAGCUGUGUGGUUCAAGACUUCAACUACCUCGUCGACAAAGCCGGUGCCUCAGAACCGCUGGUCGAUGCCUUUGAGGACUGGGCGAAAGAGCGCGAGCUCGAUGUGGCAAGCAUAAUGACCACGUCCCAUCCUAACGGGGAGUUUCAGCGCCACCUGCUUAUCCAGGGUAUGACCGACCAAGGCCGUGAGGCGGUGGAUAGGUUUGUGCAGGCUGGUGAUAAGCUGAAGCUGGAGACGUGGAAGGAGGGAGAGCUGGAUCAUCAUGGGCACAAGAGGUUCGCCUGGAGGCAGAAGGAACUUGCUGCUAGUAGAAAGCAGGUUGCGCCUUUGUUGAGGGAGGCUCUUAAGAAGAGUUGACUGCAAGGGCUGCAGAUUUCCAAGAUAUAACUGCAUAAAGGGAGAGCGAUACGUCACUGAGAGGAUACAUCGUUGCAAGACAUGAGGUUCUAAUCGAGACCUAGACUGAGAUUCAUAUUCCUAGAUGCAUCAUGAUAUUGUUACAUAUGAUUCGUUAUACACAAGACCCGAAUCCAUACUAUGCUUUUCCAGUGCUUAUUUGUGAAACUAUUCUUCCUCGU